GGAAGGAGCGAGCGAGUGGAAGCGGCGCCGCCCGGCGGCCGCUGGCGCGUCUGGAGCGCGGCGUCCCCCGCCCCUGGCCGUGGGUCCCCCCGAGCCCCGCGGGCGGGCGCUGUGCGCCGCGGCCGGGCCCCGCGUCGGGCCUCCCGGGCAUGUAGCGUCCCCGCCGCCGCUGCCGCACGGUGCCCGCUCGUCCCGCCGCGCCGCCGCUGCCCGCGCUGCCCGCGCCGCCCGCGCCAUGGGCAGCGAGCAGAGCUCCGAGGCCGAGAGCCGCGCCAACGAUCUGAACUCCUCAGUGGCGCCCUCUCCCGCCAAGCACAGAGCCAAGAUGGAUGAUAUCGUGGUGGUAGCUCAGGGCUCACAGGCCUCGAGGAAUGUCAGCAACGAUCCUGAUGUCAUCAAGUUGCAAGAGAUUCCGACCUUCCAGCCGCUUCUGAAAGGGCUGUUGAGCGGCCAGACCUCGCCGACGAAUGCCAGGCUGGAGAAGCUGGACUCCCAGCAGGUGCUGCAGCUGUGUCUCCGCUACCAGGACCACCUGCACCAGUGCGCCGAGGCCGUGGCUUUCGACCAGAACGCACUGGUGAAGCGGAUCAAGGAGAUGGACCUGUCCGUGGAGAGCCUCUUCAGCUUCAUGCAGGAGCGCCAGAAGCGCUACGCCAAGUACGCGGAGCAGAUGCAGAAGGUCAACGAGAUGUCGGCCAUCCUGCGCCGCGUCCAGAUGGGCAUCGACCAGACGGUGCCGCUGCUGGAGCGGCUCAACAGCAUGCUGCCCGAGGGCGAGCGCCUCGAGCCCUUCAGCCUCAAGCCCGAGCGGCCGCUGCGGCUCUAGGGCCCGGGGAGGGGGGCGUGGGGGGCGCAGGGGCGAGAAGGCUGGAGGGGGCCGGUCAGCGCCGCCCUGGGCAGAGGAGUGCGGACGGCCGCCCCGCCCCCUUGGAACCGGGUAGAGACUGUCUGCAGACCCGCCCCGGGAACCCCCGGUGGGGCCUGUGCUGUGUCCCCUCCCGGCCUGGAGGGAGGGGCUGCAUCCCCGUCCUCCGCCUCCGGACUGUGGCCUGUCCCCAUAAAGAGCCCUUGGACCCGA